AUGGCUUUUAAAGUAACUUUCAUAGUACAGUACAAGAGUGACGAGAGAAGAAGGAGCAGACGAAUCAGCUUUGACGGCACAAGCAGUUCCAACACCUCUUGGUUCGCAUCCAACAGGAUUAUCGAGAGCACGUUGCUUGACAAAUCAACAGCAGCCAACGUCUUUAGUAUCGACAGGCACCCAUCUAGGCACUUCUUCAUCAACAAAUAUUAUGGUGGCUGCCAAAACGAUUAUGGUUGGGUAGUAAUUGCGGACGAUCACGACACAAACUACGUGUGUCCGUGGGAAAACUCAACAUCUUAUCCAUUGAUAAUGUGUGCGACUGACUCUACAGCCAUCAACUGGAGUACAAACGAAACAAACAUUGCCACCAGCGUAAGGAUAUUACUACACGCCUCUCUUCUGAACAACUGAUGACGUUGGUAUUAUGACGGCAGAUACUCUAGAUCUGGUCAUCUUGCUCACACAAACCGUACGCGCUGACCUGACAGUUUUGUUUUAUUUGUUUCUGCUAGAGAAUUGUGUCAGAGACCCAUACCUUCAAACAUUCUAAAGA